AUGACGACACAAAAUCCAGGAAUUCAAGAAGGAAGUGUCAAGAUUGAACUGAGCUAUUAUAAAACAACUCUAGACAUGAACUGCAUUCUUGGUGGACUCCAGCACGUCAAUAAAAACAUCACAAUCAGCAGCAUAGAGUCAAAAAUUAUCAUUCCCAAAGUUAACCCCGACUACUUGAUCUACUUUGAGGAUUAUCUGCAAGACCCUUCAAUGGAAGCAAGGGGCGUGAUUCAUUCAUUAUAUAUGAAAACGUCAACUAAGUUCGUUAUUGUAACAAAAUUCAAUAAUGAUAUGAUCAGAAAGUACAUAAAGACCUUAAAAUCAACUUUCGAAUUAUCCAAACUCAAUGAUCCAUACAACUUCAACUCAGAGAACUACAUGGAAGUCCUCCAAAUACUCUUUAAUGAUAACCCGCCAUUUUCAUAUCGUGACAACAGCAAUCGAAUCAUUGGAGUCGAAGGCAACCUAAUUGAUGAAUUUUGUAAGCACCAAAAGCUGAACUAUGAGAUUGUUAACCGUGAUUACAGCCACUUGACAGCUAUUGUGCCUAAUGCUCAGUUUGAUUUCUCAUUAUAUCGAAGGAUUAAUGCUGGAAGUGAAAUCACAACUGAUGUUGUGCAUCUAAAUGACAUCGGUGCAUCACAAUGUGUCCUGGUUCCUAGGAAUAUUCCAGUUUAUGUUCCAUUCUCGAGUCCAUACAGUAAAGUUGUGAAUCAUUUGUUCUUUUGGUCGAUUGCUGCUGUCAUGGCUGUAUGGAAGAUCUUUAAGUGGCUGCAAAGGCAGAAUCUUUCAGUUGUUGAUUCAACGUUAGAAGCUUUAAAAGUUCUCUUAGGACUUGGCAUUGAUGAUAAUCAUUGGAUGCGAUGGUCACUGAAGGAAAAGAUCCUCUUAGUUCCAUUCUUGCUUAUGGUGAUGAUCUUAAUGGGUGUUUAUGAAAGUCACAUGGUCUCAACUGUCAUUGCCGAGCCUCAGAUGCGAUCAGUCAAGUCAAUUGAAGAGCUGAUUAAGUCUGACACAAUAAUUUAUGAAUAUUACCAAGAACUAGGUCGAUUUGAUUCAAAUAAAGUCUAUCAGCUGAUGUCCUACUCAUAUGUGACACUAGCGACGAUUCCUGAGAAUUUUGACCAGAACUUUGCAUACUUUGUAAGCUGUAGAUUUGGCGAGGAAUUUUUGAAUUCUGCCGAGAAUUUUGUUUCUGACCGACGGCUGUUCGACAUGAUUCCUGAUGACUACAUUGAUACUUUCUUAUCAACUUACUUGAUUAAUGAAAAUUUCCCACUUAAAAAGCAAUUCAAGUUUAUGGUCAGAGCACUCGAUGAGGCUGGAAUCAUUAAUCAUUGGACUAAGGAUAUUGUGCAGCUGCACUUCUUACAGCACAUAAAAAACGAGGAUCAAAAGCCGAUUUUGUUGGCUGCAAUGAUUGUUCCUGUUUGUAUUGUUAUUAUUGGACUUGUUUUGGGUUUGGUUGUCUUUGGUUUUGAAUUUUUAGUCCAUAAGCCACUAAUGGAAAGACGAGGACAGCUACACACACAAAUCAUAAAAAUCUCCACAAAGUUCAUAUUCAUCACAAAGUUCAACAGCAAAAUAGAAUAUGAUAAGCUAGUCGACAAUCAUCGUAUUCGCGUUGUGACAUUCCUACAUUAUGUGACAUACGCUAAUGCACUGAUUGUUGAUGUCAUUGGAGAUACGUUUGAGAUCCAAAAGCUCUACAAAACCAUCGAUGCAUCCUACAUUCAUCUUAAUUUUGGAAACGAAUUUAUUCUCGGACAAGAAGCAUAUCCAGAAGUAGUCAGGACACUUUUCUUUGAAAAUCCACCAUUUUCACAAUUAAACGUCAACCAAAAAAUCACAGGAGUUGAAGGGAACCUGAUUGAUGAGUUUUGCAUGCGCCAUAAAUAUGAAUACACAAUAGUUGGAGCUGACUUUAAGAGACUUAUGGAUGUUGCCUUGGACUUCAAAUAUGACUUUUCGCUAUAUCGAUCUCUUACGGAUGCUAAUGGUGCUUCAUCCGAGAUUCUCAAUAUAAAUGACGUCGGUGCUUCACAGUGCAUUCUGGUUCCUCGUAAUAUUCCAGUUUAUGUGAUGUUCUCCAGCCCGUACAGUAUGAUUGUCAAUGUUUUGUUCCUUGUUUCUAUUGCUGCGGUCAUGCUGACUUGGAAAAUCUUUAAGAAGAUCCAAAAACAGAAGCUUGGAGCUGUUGAUUCAAUUAUUGAGACUUUGAAGGUUCUUAUAGGUCUUGGAUUAAGUAACAUCCACUGGCUUCAAUCGACUCUAAAGGAAAAGCUGCUUCUGGUUCCAUUUUUGUUCAUGAUUAUGGUUCUGAUGGAAAUCUAUGAAAGCUACAUGGUCUCAAAUGUUAUAUCCGAGCAUGAAAUGGACUCUGUCAAGUCUGUUCAGGAACUGCUUUACUCGGACACAAAAAUCUUUGAAUAUCACAAUGAAACAGGACGUUUUGGAACCGAAAAGGUUGUCAAACUAGUCAAAUUUGUAGAUACACGUCUUGCAUCGAUUCCAAAGGAUUUUGACCCAAACUUUGCGUACUUUGUUCGAUGUCGAUUCGGUGAGGAAUUCGUCAGUUCCGAUGAAAAUUAUGUUGGACAUCGGAAGCUGUUCGACAUGAUUCCUGACACGGAAAGACUGCAAUUGUUCUCAACUUAUCUCGUCAACCAAAAUACACCGCUCAAAAAUGACUUCAAGUUCAUGGUUAAAGCACUUGAUGAGGCUGGAAUCAUUGAUCAUUGGACAAAGGAUAUUAUUCGUAAUACAUUUCAGCAAUAUGAAGCUCAAGAGGAACUGCAGACCAUCUCAUUGAGUCAAUUAUUGGUUCCACUGCUUAUUAUUGCUGUUGGUUCAAUGUUGAGCUGUGCUGCUUACGGAUUGGAAGUAAUCUUUCACAAAUUUCGAGGAAGAUCGAACAGAGUUGGGGAUCUUCAGAUGGAGAUGAAAAGGGUUCGGAAUAAAGUUGGGAUAGCAAAAUCUCAUGUUAAGAACAGACGUCGUCACAGUGUUUAA